AUGGCGACCGUCCUUGCGCAUAACUCUGGGUUCCGUGACAUUGGCACCCUACAAACACGUCGAACGGAUUCAUCGAACAUACAAAAUAGGAACAACAUGCUCGGCCGACUAAAGACUCAGUUCUCCAAAAAGGAGAAGAGCAUGCCAUUCAAGCUAGACAGCACUCCUCAUCCUCAGCGAAGCAGUGUGCCAGCAAUGAGAAGACCUGCAUCGAAUGCGACACGAAACACUCCAGGCGACGCGCCACCAGCAUACUCACCGGCACCAAAUGCCGCCCCUAUCACUCCCGCUGUCACAGUCAUAUCACCCGCAGCCCAAGGAGCAGAUGACCCCUACGCCUUCCUCUGCAGCUUCGACACCGCCUUCCUGAUCGACGACUCCGGCUCCAUGGCCGGCGGCCGCUGGCGCGAAACAGCCGAUGCGCUCGAAACCAUCACCCCGAUCUGCACAGCCCACGACGCAGACGGCAUUGACAUCUUCUUCCUGAAUCACCCAGACAACUCCUUCCACCGUAACAUCACCAGCUCAGCUACCGUCCGUGAAGUCUUCUCGACUGUCAAGCCAGGCGGCGGUACACCUACUGGACAGCGCCUGAACCAGAUCCUGAAGCCGUAUGUCAGGAAGUACGAGGCCAACCCCGAGACGACGAAACCGCUCAACAUCAUCUGCAUCACCGACGGCGAACCUAGCGAUGAUGUGGAGAGUCCGCUCAUUGCAGCAGCGAAGAAGCUUGAUAAGCUCGAUGCGCCUGCGUGGCAAGUGGGCGUGCAAUUCUUCCAGGUCGGCCGUGAUGAGGAGGCGAAAGCACACCUCAAGCAGCUGGAUGAUGAGCUGGCGGAGAUCGCCGGCGAUGAUGAUUUGCGUGAUAUUGUGGAUACCGUGCCGUUCACGGGCGCGGAGGGUACACAUCUUAGUGGUGAUGGCAUCUUGAAAGUGGUGUUGGGUGCUGUCAACAGACGAUUAGACAGGAAGAAGAGCAAGGAUUUGCACAGGUAG